UUGUGGGAAUCUUUAUGGUGACCUUUUUAUUACAGAACUACCUGAAGACUGCAGAGGGAGAUGGGAGAGUUUUGUAGAAGAGACGCUGACGGAAACAAACAGGAGGAACACAGUGGAUUUGGUGAGCACUCACCAUCUGCACUCUUCCAGUGAGGAUGAAGACAUUGAGAGUGCUUUUCCCAAUGAACUUUCUCUCCAACAGGCCUUCUCCGAGUACCAGAUCCAGCAGAUGACAGCUAACUUUGUGGAUCAGUUUGGCUUUAACGAUGAGGAAUUUGCAGACCAGGAUGAUAAUAUCAAUGCUCCCUUUGACAGGAUUGCAGAGAUAAACUUCAAUAUCGAUGCUGAUGAUGACAGU